AUGGCGAGCCAGAAAGACACCGGCGGCCGCGAGCUUUCCAUCCAAGUGCCGGCUGCACGCGGCGUGUUGCCGGGUCGGAGGAGGAAGAGUGCCACAGCUAAGCAGGAGCGGAGGCUGAAUGGAUUUGUUCUCUUUGUUGCCUCGGGGGAGUGGGCGGGCAAUGCCUUCGGCACGCUGGCUUUCCUUUGGGGGACAGUGGUCUUGCUGGGCGGGUACUGCAAGGACCUCAAAUCAGAGUUUUGGUACGCAACGGCCGUGAUCUUCAUAGAAGCCUUCAGGAUGUUCAGCCGCAACUACAGAUUGGACGACCAGUCGUUGUUCAGGACUACAAGGGCGAUCAGAGCCAUAAGUUCACCUUUUGUUCGCAUGCUCGUGCGACCGCAGGAAUGGAAUGAACUGGAGGCUAUCUUGGGUUUGUCCAUCUAUCUUCUUGUAAAUUUGUCCCAACGGCUUCAACUGCGAUUCGCGUAUCUGAGCAUCGUAAUGGCGGUGUUAAUAAUUCUGAUGAGCAAGCUGCAGUUUCCAGGGGCUCUUCAGCUGAUGAGUCGGCUCCGACGGUACCGGCGGCUGCUGCUCUGGGCUGUCCUAGCUGCCCUCCUGAUUCUCGCUGCGUUACUCAUAUGGGUGCGGGUAAAACCAGCAGCAGCGCAACCACAAGGUCGCCUGGGAAAGGUACCACUGUUGUGGAUUGCCCUAGACCAAGAUGUUAUCUUUUGGGCUUCUCAGUUAGCAGCUAUCGUAGCACAGGUUGUGGCAGUGUUACUUCUCAACUUUAGACCACGCAUCAUUGCCAACCUAACAGACCGACCCUGUGGCCGCAAACUGCUAUCUUGGGCUAAAGUAAUUCUAAUCAUGAGUUGGCUUGGUUAUUUGGUGUCGCGUUACAUCGACCCCCUAGCAACGGCACCAAUAUCAUAUUGGGCCCGGUAUUUGAACUCAAUGGGCCUACCAUUAGCUACAUUGGUUCUCUCACUUGGCAGCCUACAGACCCCGGCAAAUGGUUCCUCUAGCCAACUGACUGACAUCACCCUGCACAUAUGCUUCUUUGGCCAACUGUUGUCGUACUCAUUAAGGGUCGCCUCAGACCUCCUGACAGUGUUUGCACUGCUAGUGGUGCUACUGGUUGGCAACCUGCAGAUUCCGGCGGCUGUCGCACCAAUUGUGAUAUCGUCGGUGCGCCUUGGUUGUCUGGCUCACCAUGCUCACCAACAACACACUGAAAAAGACUUAGUGACAUCUGUAGUGUUCUUCUACGUGCUGGCGCUCUGCCAAGGGACACUCUACAUUGUGGCAUGCAUCUCCCAUCUCUUCUCUUUCUUCCUCCGUAGAUCCCUAGCACGCCAGUCGGGACUCAAAGGCAAGCGGGGAGCAAGAACUGUCGACCUGUACUACAACUGCGUCUACCUCAAGUGCAUGGAAACCGGUAUUCUUGCUGCAGGGAAGGAGAUCAGCCUCGCUCGCUUCGCCAUUGACUCCUUGAGUUCCAACUCGCGCAAAGAGCAGCUCGCCGGGGUCCUCAUUCUUGACAGCCUGCUGCAACAAAAGGAAGAUCUCGUCUCAAGGAUCGCCUGCUCCAGCAAAGCAGUGUCCGCCUUGAUCGGCAUGCUUGGCUGGACAGAUGGUCACGACGGAGAUAUCAGGCUGUUGGCCGCCAGGGUCACUGCCAAGCUCGCUGGCAGCCUCAGGGUCGCAGCGACUCCUGGCAUGCUCAAGUUGGUUUCCUCACUCCUUGAUGCCAAGGAUCAGCUUGCAACAGGAUUAAUUUCACCAAAGGAUGUUGGUGGCAAUAACACCCCACGCAGUGCCGGAAUCAAACCAUGGAGAAAUGAUUCAUAUGUUAGCCGGCGUUGGCGGAGGAUGAAAGAAAGAUGGACUGUUCCAGAAGAGCCGCCCUUGACGCAUCAGGACUCCUUCCCUGUGCUUGGCAUGCUAAUUCUCGAGAGGCUCGCUUCUGAUCAUGACAACUGUGCAGAAAUUUGCAGGGCCACGGAUCUCAUCUCAAAGAUCUCAGGGUUCGUAAGCUACAUUAGCGACAAUAGUGCGCAGCAGAAAGCAGUGGUCUGCUCAUCAUUGAGCUUGGUAAGGAGGCUUGCAAUCACUGGCGGGAAAGUGGGCGUGUUGCUCCGGCAAGAGCUGUGGGAGGACCCCUUCUUGCUGGACAACCUUGUAGGUAUAUUGGAAGAUAGCCGCAGCAGCAUUAAAGUAUGGGAGCCAGCCAUGGAUAUCAUAGCUAAGUUGGCCUUGGCAGAGGAGGCAAGGAAGGAGAUUGGGAGCAACAAAGUGAUUAUUGGCAAGCUGAUGCACGCAUUUCUUGGGCGAUAUGGACCAACCAACAUGCACUACUGCCAACCGUUGCGAUUGGCUGCAGGAGAAGCACUGGCAAAUCUUGCAAUUGAUAACCCUGAAAACUGCUUAGUCAUCUUGGAGGAACCGGGAUACAAACUUAUCAAGGAUCUCAAUGAUAUGCUAUGGCACAAUGAGUACAGAUAUGUUGCUGCAACUCUUCUGCAGAAUCUGUGUGAGCACUCCAGAGACAAGAUGUGCAGUCUAGGUGCAAAUGAGCACCUCUCGUAUGCCUUGCCAGUGGUGAUGGAAAACAUUGUGGCUGUGGAAGGAAAACAGAUGGAGAUCCUAAUUGGCCUUGCGUCACAGAUCUGUAAUAUCAUCCCUGAAUGUGUUGUCCACUCUCUUGAAUCACAUCUUAGCGUAUCAGCAUUUGUUCAGAAAAUGGUGAGUGCACUCCAUGCCAACAAGAAACCGAGACCUGAACACCCAAGGAUGAGAAGAGUGAUAGUUGAGCUCACAGUAUCCAUCAUAGAAUCGCAUCCUCACUACUCAACCAUUUUCAUAGAAGGAGGGAUGAUGGAAGCUCUGUCAAGGAUAGAAAGUAUCUCAUCUAAAGUGGAAAGGUACAGGAUCUUCUUUGGCAAUGCAGGGGUGGUUUUGGAGAGCGGCUUACCUCUGCCGACUACAGUGGUGAGAGCAAAAGGGUUAUUUGAUUCUGCAACUUCAGGAGUCCAUCAUUGCUCAACACAUAUUCAUUGAUUAUAUAUUAUUUUGUUGUCAUUAUGAAAUAUAUGGCACGGAGCCAUUUGUAAUCAAUUAGGAAAGAAGGGGAUUAGAGACGGCGCCGAGCAAGGCUUAAACACGCGUUGGCGUGGACACAGGUAGUGCAAUUGGAAAACGAGCUAACACUCGUUCUUCAUUGUGUUUUAUUUGUUUGAUUCAUUGUAGCUGAAUAUGUUUAGGGGAUUGGGGACGAAUUUCCAUAUGUGAACCAUAAGAUUUUUUUGUGGUUCCA